AUCUCUUCAUUGGUUUGUAGUUCAUCAGUCAUGUUCAGUGGAUACACGGAAGUGGUUGCUUAUGGUCGAGACUUGUUGGCAUCUGAUAGCCUAGAAAGUGAUCAAGAUGAAGAGUUUGAAAGUGCUAAGCUGAGAGGGAAAGGGGACUAUUCAUUUGGUGGUGGUGAUACAUUUCCUGUGGAAAGGGAAGAUUUUAUUGUGAUUGCAGAGUGCUCAGAAGUUUGUGGACCACUUCCUCUGAUAACAAUACCAGAAAAUGGAGGAGAUGGUGUUGAUCUGAAUGAAUUUGUUGUCAGAAUUUUGUCAGCUGAUUAUGAAGGACUCGGAUCUUCUGGAGCAGUUCCUCCUGGGGAUGCUUCCCUACUUAUCCCUGAUGCAAUGAGAGAUGUGCAUACCUUGGUGAAGUAUUUUGUUUUAAUGGAUUCAAGAGCUCGUGGUUUUGUGCGACCGAUGUGUAUGGCGUAUGUGACUUCCGACAAAUUUAAACUUCUGACAAAUGCUCCUGAUAUUGAAGAAGUACUGCAGAAGACUUCCAAGAUCUUGAAGCAUAGCAAUAGGAAACAGUUUUUACGAGAACUGGAAAAUCUCAUGGAAGAUCUGGACCAUUCAAAAAAUUCUCAAAACCACAAACUAACUCACUGUAUUAGUCAGAAGAAAUACACAGAUGGAGUAGAAUCUACUAAUUCUGUGAAAAUUGAUUCUAUUGAAGCUGUCAGAAGUGAUCUUCAGCAGACAAAACAGCACAUUAAGCCAUUGCUGGAAAAAACAGAAUAUUUGGAAGAAAAAUUAGAAGAAUUUUUAGAUUUUCUACAUCAUCUGCCAUAUCAGACCACAAACUGCUAUUUCAGGGCCACUUUAGAAACUGCCCGUAAUCAAGCUUCUGAAUUAGAACCUCGAUCUCUGAACACACAGUUGUCUCGAAAGUUUUGUGAUAACUUGCGGCCAUUAACAUCUCUUAGCCCUUCAGGAUCCUUUUUUGGUUUGUACCUGCUGUUUGUGUUGUGGAAGUUUUUCAGGAGAAAGCAAGAACAUGUUAGUUUGAAUAGGAAGAAUGAAUUUCCUGGUCCUUUUCUUCAUUUUGGUGCUGUACUCAAAGAAAAAGAUACAACAUCAAUCCAAUCUACAUGUGGAUCACAUGACAAAGCAUGCAGAUAUAGAAAAACAAUUAGAUGGUCAGACCUUCAGAACUUAGACCUGGAUGGGAAAAUAGACUUUACAUUCAUUGAUAGUGGAUACUUUAAUUUAUUUUUCCAAUUCAAAGAAAGAAGGAAAGUGGCAAGAACUAUGAGUUGGGCAGGUUCAAGGGAAUCUUCAGAAAUGAAUGGAACAGCAUCAGCAGAAUUACACCAGAAUAGGAGCUUUCCAUCAAUAUCAGUUUCUCCAGAAUUUCAUCCAGGAGCUUUUGCAUUUGAGGAGACUGCAAGAGAAUUUAUAGAAAAUGAUGAGUUGGAAAGAGAGAUGGAUGUAACAGAUGCUGAACCUGAGUUAGAAGAAACAUCAAAAAUACAGAACUUUGAAGAAACUGUUGAGAGUGUAGGAAUAACCUUGGAUGAAAUUUGGGAUGAAAUUGAUAGACUUGGAGAGGAUGGAACUGAAUUCAAAUUUUUUCAAGUAUUGGCCAAGAUUUCUCACAUUCCCCAACUUUUGUUCUCCGUUCUAAUUGGUCAGCUGAUUGUUGUUAUGGGUAAUCCUUCAACAGAAACCUUGGUACGAGCAACAGUGAUGUCGCUAGGGCUUUUCUCCCCUCAAGGAAUAGGUAAAAAAUCUUAUGUAGAACCAUGGCGGACUACUCCCCUUUCUUUAGAUGAUGUCUUUGGUAUGGCAGUUAUUGGCCUUUGCAUUUCAGAUGAUUGUGUGGACAUUUUUGUUCCUGCUCAAGUUGAGGCUCAAGCUACUCUUGUUGACCUUAACAACUGGACUUUCUCAGGGCCGCAGUAUUCUGGUGUUCUGUUACAAGAUUUGGAGAAAAAGAUUAGAUCAUUGCCUGAAAAUGGACCAGUAUUUUCUGUGAUAACUAGUUCUUUAUUAGACGUUGAAAGAAAAGUUCAACUUUGGCACUCGAUAAGAAAUUCCUCAGCAGGAGGGAAAGAAAAGAGAGAAAUAGUUGAACAUCUGUUGGGAAAGAACUACUCUGCAUGCGAUUUCCAUAUUUUACAGAGACUAGGCAACCUCUUGCUACCUGUAUGAAGAUGUGUUUUGAGACCAACCCUACACUGAUGAGGAUUAAUGUUUUGUAUAUAGUAGUUUCUGAGUCUUUAGAUAGACCUUGUAAUGUAUUUGAAGGAAAAAGGCUAUUUAUUAAAUUAAAGUGUUAUGAAGAUUAUGCUUAAUUA